GGGUGUCAUUGGCUCUGGGAAGCAGCAGCAGCGGCAGUGUCCUCUCGGGGUCUGGUGUCGGCACAGCCAUGGCUGGUGCGCUGGUGCGGAAAGCGGCGGACUAUGUCCGAAGCAAGGAUUUCCGGGACUACCUCAUGAGUAGUUAAUAGUGUGGUCAAGAGGUAAAGAGGUGAAAGCUGAGGAGAAAUAAAUCCUGUUAUAACCGUCCAAAAGUACGCACUUCUGGGGCCCAGUGGCCAACUGGGGUCUUCCCAUUGCUGCCAUCAAUGACAUGAAAAAGUCUCCAGAGAUUAUCAGUGGGCGGAUGACAUUCGCCCUCUGUUGCUAUUCUUUGGCAUUCAUGAGAUUUGCCUACAAGGUACAGCCUCGGAACUGGCUUCUGUUUGCAUGCCACGUAACAAAUGAAGUAGCCCAGCUCAUCCAGGGAGGGCGGCUUAUCAAAUACAAGAUGACUAAAAAGGCAUCUGCAUAACAAUGGAAAAUGAAGAACAAGGUCUUGAAGGGACAGCAUUGCCAGCUGCUGCUGAGUCACAGAUUUCAUUAUAAAUAGCCUCACUAAGGAAAAUACACUGCUAUUUUUACUAACCAUUCUAUUUUUAUAGACAUAGCUGAGAGUCUCUAAACCAACUCUCUGCUGCCUUACAAGUACUAAAUAUUUUACUUCUUUCCAUAAAGAGUAGCUCAAAAUAUGCAAUUAAUAAUUUCUGAUGAUGGUUUUUUCUGCAGUAAUAUGUAUAUUAUCUAUUAGAAUUUACUUAAUGAAAAACUGAAGAGAACAAAAUUUGUAACUACCAGCACUUAAGUACUCCUAAUUCUUGACAUUGUCUUUAAUGACCACAAGACAACCAACAGCUGGCCAUGUACCUAAAAUCUUGUCCCCACUGUUUAAAAAUGUUAUCUGUGUAUUUCCAUGCAGUGUGUAUAUUGAGAUGCUGUAACUUAAUGGCAAUAAAUGAUUUAAAUAUUUGUUAAA